CACUGUAGAACUGGCAAGAACAUGCAUAGGAACACCAUAUUACCUGUCACCAGAGAUCUGUGAAAAUAAACCAUACAAUAACAAAAGUGAUAUUUGGGCCCUAGGGUGUGUUCUGUAUGAAAUGUGCACUCUUAAGCAUGCAUUUGAGGCUGGCAACAUGAAGAACUUGGUUCUUAAGAUAAUUCGUGGGUCGUACCCUCCUGUGUCUUGUCACUACUCCCAAGAACUGCGAUCUCUCCUUGCACAGCUGUUUAAACGCGACCCUCGAGAGCGACCCUCAGUCAACAGCAUACUGGACAAACCUUUCCUCUCCUGCAGGAUUGAGAAGUUUCUCACACCACAGAUCAUUGCUCAGGAAUUUCGCCAUACUUUUCUUCACAAGCAGCCUAAAUCUGGUGUGGCACAGGUGCCAUCAGCCUCAGCCCAGAAGAUUACAAAACCAGCCGCCAAAUACGGAGUGCCUUUAACUGUGAGGAAGGUCCCAGAUGGAGCCAGAAAGCCUGCAGACAAGAAACCAGCUGGAAAACACAAACCGGCCCUUCUCCCAGCAACCCCCCAGAGAAGAGUGAGUCAAGUGGAAGAAGAGAGGAAAAAACACGAGGAUGGCAUCAGAAAGAAGAGGAUGGAGAUGAUCGAGAAAGAAAGGAAACAGAGAGAGCAGAUGUUCAUGUUGAAAGCGGAGCAGAUGAAGAGAUAUGAAAAGGAAAAGAUCAAUCGAAUAAACCAAGCUAGAGAACAAGGCUGGAAGCAUGUCUUGAGUUCUAGUGGAGGUAGCAGCCCAGAGAGAAAGUGUUUUGUAGGAGGUGGAAAGAGAGGUGCACAUGUUGCUGCUGUUCAGGGUUCUACUCUAGCUCCUCUCCCUGGUAAAAGCUCUUAUGAACACUACCAUGCAAUCCUCGACCAAAUGGCUAGACCGACGCCUAAAGAUGUCAGCAGGGAGAGCUCCUCAGCUGGACCUUGCAGUCCCAUUCGUGUACCAGCUGCUGCAGGCACAGUGCUUCCUAACGGCCCUGCUCGACGACUCGACCCUGACUUAAUCAAGAGAGAACUCCACAGGCUGCAGCAUGUUUCCAAACAAGCCCAUAUUAGCAGGCAGCGCGGUCAAAUGGCAGUUGGGCGGGCCUUUCAAGUUGAGGAGUUUUUGCAGCGGAGGAGGGAAGCUAUGCUCAACAAAGCCCGUGCUGAAGGACAGCUGGGUACUCGGCAAAACCUGGCAGCAAUCUAUGGAGGCCGGGCUGGUGGUGUUCGGUGCAGGAGGUCUAAACCCAACAAAGAGGAGGAGGAGUACUUGGCAAGGCUCAGACAGAUCCGCUUGCAGAACUUCAAUGAGCGCCAGCAGAUCAAAGCUCGACUCAGAGGAGAGAAGUAUGAUAGCGAUGGUUCUGACAGCCAGGAGUCCAGUGAGGAGGCCGAGCUCAGGAGAAAGAAGAUAGAGGCUUUAAAAGCACAAGCUAAUGCCCGUGCAGCUCUUCUGAAAGAGCAGCUAGAGAAGAAGAGGAGAGAAGCAUAUGAGCGAGAGAAAAGGGCAUGGGAGGACCAUCUUGCAGCACGAGGGGUCAAAGGUGGCAUGGCGGGAGCAAAUAUAGUGGCCUCAGAAGCAGUAUCGUCUACCUCUGAUAGUCCUCUUCCACAGCCAGGCCCCUCUCAGCCAGAACCAGCUGCCAAAACUCCAGCCCUGCCUACACCCAAACCCUCCACCCCAGCUAUAUCCAUGACUGCUGCCCUAAAGAACGUUGGAGCAAUGACGCCACUAAAGGAGAGCUUGCCUGAACCAGAGUCUGCAACCAUGAUCCAGAGUGAGAAGAAGCAGAUUCUGCGCAGACUUAACCAGAACCUUAAAGCUCAAAGCCCAGUGGAGGAGGUGGAGGAGUCUCCUUCGGCCCCAGCAGAAUCAAGUCCUGCUCCAACCCAAAACCAGUCUGAUACAGACAAGCGCCCCUCUUCCAAUGAAGACCGGAAGAAGUGGGAAGCAGCAGAGCUACCUGUACUUCCCGUGGCUCAGCAAACUUUAGAGGAAACGUGUGCCACAGCAAGCCCCACUUCAGCAUCUCCAGAUGGUAGGCCGUCCUCUGGUGGUGACAGGAAGAAGUGGGAGGCAGGAGUUCCACUUGUCCUUUCUGCAGCUCAGCAAACUCUAGAGGAUACAUCCCUCAUGACCAUUGAGCAAACAGCGGGCGAAGUUAUACAGAUGGCUGUGCUACAGGAAGAUGCUCCCAGGAAGAUGUGGGGAGCAAGUCCAGACUCUCAGGUGCUGAAGGUACUUAAGGAGGCAGAACUUCAGCCACUCACCCAGCCACUGGAGACUCUCACCAUAUGUGAGGACGAGUCUUCUAGUCCUGUUAAAUUAAACCAGAUGACAGCAGAAGCUGGCAUUGUGAAGAUACCUAAAGAAGUGUUACCCCCUGUAGUGGCUGAGAGUCCUACAGCUACAGAUGUGGCCUCACAUCAAGAAAUCUCCAUGGCUGCUGCAAUAGAGAGCCCAACACUGCCAACCAGCGUUACUGAGACUCAGGAUCCAGCAGACUUGGAGUCGGUGUUUUUAGAGGAAACCCCUAAACAGGCCUCACAUCCUCCAAGCAGUGUGCAGCAGGCUUGGGAGAAGGAAGGCCAACAGCAAAUGCCAGCAGAGGGCGAUAUAAGACCAACAGGCAACAAAGAGGCUGAGCAGAGUGCAGACAAAGCUCCUGAGCCAUCAGCUCAGCAUGAGGAGCCCCUAUUUAUGAAACUGUGUUCCCCGGCCCACCGACGCACUGCCGCCCUCGCUAUCCUCUCAGCCCAGUCCUCCAUGGAUGAAUCAUCCUCCUCUCUGGCCUCUCGCUCACGCUCUGUCUCACCUCUACGCUCCAAACACCAGAAUGCACUCCUCAUUGGUCUUUCUACAGGCAUGUUUGAUGCCAACAACCCCAAGAUGCUGCGGACAUGCUCUCUACCAGACCUGAGUCGACUCUUCAGCUCUCAGCAGGACGUUACAGUGACUGGCGAGGCUAACGUUGCUCCAGACAACAACCUGGAAAUUGAGGACCUGGAUGAGGCAGGAAAAGAUGAUGACCAGUCUGAGACAGAGGAUGCUUAUGAAGAUGAAGAUCUGCGUGACAUCAGGGCAUCCAUGGAGAGACUGCUGCAAGAGGAGGUUGGAGCUGGCGACUUUAAUGGAAACCCUCCUGAGAGCAGAGACCAGGAGCUUUUCAACAGGAUCGCAGCUGAAAUCGAUCAGGACAACAAUCGGAUGGCGUUAGACGAUGAUGAGGAUGAAGAUGAGGAUGAAGAAGAGGAAGAUGAUGAAGGCGAUGAGGAGGAAGAAGAGGAAGCGGAGGAGGAAUGCUCAAAUGGAAGUCCUGCUGAUGAGGAGGCAGGGGAAUUGCUUACCAAUGGUGUGGGAGAGGAGAACCACAGUAAUAACAGGCAGCUCAAUGAAGAAUGGCAUUCGGAUGGCAGCGGAGAGGAGCAGGGUGGAGAGAUGGAGCAUCAUGACAGCAUCUUCAGCCGUCUGGAAGAGCUUCGGUUCAACCUGGAGCAGCAGAUGGGUUUUGAGAAGUUCAUUGAGGCCUACAAUAAGAUUAAGGCCAUACAUGAAGAUGAGGACGAGAAUAUUGACCUGGGCUCCAGUUUGGUCCUAAGCAUUCUAGGAACUGAGCACCAGCAUCUGUAUCCCAACAUCCUUCAUCUAGUGAUGGCAGAUGGCGCUUAUCAAGAAGAUAACGAUGAGUAAUGUUUCGUGCAAUGGAGCUGCUGGCAGCUUUGACAAUCUGCUAGCAAUCUGAUGUCUUCCUGUGACACACACGAUCGGCAGAAGGAUCUAUGCAUGAAGUGUCCCAGCCUCACAUCUAACAGUGUUUCAGGCACACUUGCAUGAUGUAUAACUAAUACACUCAAGACUGUACUUCAUACUUUGACUAUCAACACCUGACACUCUUUUCUAACCAGUGGUCUUUCAAAAGUGCAUUAUGGAAAAAGACAUGUGUUGUUGUUAACCAAAGUUUACUGCAAAAUCAAGUAAAUGUUUCGUCCACAUCUGUGAGUGAAAGACGCACAUGGGUUGUCACGAUUAAAAGCAUAGACUUUGUUGUGUUUAACAUUGUUGUUGGUUCAGUUGGACUCUUUGGUGGAUGAAGAUCUGGUCCUCUCAGGUGCUCUCUUUCUGUCCCAUCCUCAACCACAGCUUCAGAACUUUAACCAGGUCAGGAUUUUAUUCAAAACCAGUUCAGCCUCUUUUUCUUGUGAUUGUUGUCACCAAAUAAGAAGUUAAAUAAUAUCUAAGGCAUUUUCCAUGUUUCGUACUGCUUGGAUUAAAUUAAGCAAAGUUAAACAUUUUUGUGAGUGAGACUGUUGUAUAUGUUGCCAAGGAACUGUAGCAAGACUGUGGUUGGUGUGACGAGUGGAGCAGGUCAGAGUUGUACUGAUGAUAUAACUUGUCAUAUCGACGCUAACAGUAAAUCAUUUUUGUUUCUAAAUUUAAAUACUGCAGAACUUUAUAUGAAAUAAAAACCUUUUUUAAAGAAGUUGAAGAGUUAUUCUAUUUCUUCCCACAAAGAAGGGUUUAGACAGCAGACAUCAGGCUUGUGAUUUAACUGCCUUACAAUUUUUUAUUUUUUUUUAUUUUAAAGGUUGAGUUAGAUUGUUUUAAACAAACAAAUUAACAAAUUAAUUUUUGAAAUCUGGUAAAAACGACUUCUUUGAAAUUUGGUGACAUCUUUGACCACAAGGUGGCAGCAUUUUAGCAAAAGGUUCCACCCAACCAACAUAGAUUAGAUUCUUUGUUAGAAAUUAUCUAUUGCUACCCAAAAGAGAACUUUUAAUUCAUGCUUUCCACAAACUAAGUUGGCUAAUUAUGGCUAUAAAAUGUUACAUGACCUCAUUUUAACUUCAGUUGUUAUCUCUGCUACAAAAUACUCAUCUUGGAUGUAACAUCAUAGCUUUUUGUUUCUUUAUAUUUUGUUAGUAGUUUUAAUUAAUUGAAACUUCUGUAAAAAGCUUUCAAAAUAUUCCUAAAGGCAGUUUUUGUAAUUAUGUUGUGCAGGUAGGCCUUUGCCUUUUGCCAGGUUACAGUUGUUAAUAAGAAUGACUGACUCACUGCACCAUCUCCUGGUACAGAUUGGUAUUACAUGAAAGUACAGCCUGGCCCUGGCUUCAUUUAAGUUGGUUUCUCUUCAGUGCAGUACAUGGAUGUUUUGUGAGACUUGGUACAUUUAGGUUUUAAACAAAUCGGUGUACAACAAGUAACUCACAGCCCCCAACAUUUUACAUUAUUUUUUAAAUGUAAUGUGUGUUUAUUUAUUUUUUCCUAAAACAAUCUUUAGAUUAGAAAUGUGGUUGUGGAAAGAGAAUCAUUCUACUUUUCACAGGUUAUUGGAUGACUGUGCCACUGGUGAGGACACAAGGCUAUUUUCAGCUACAGCCUGUUUCAACGGACCACUAACCCUUCCUGUCAGCUAGCAAGAUUUAUUUGAACUCGUGAUCCCUGUGGAAUAAUAUAACACGAGGCAGUGUUCUAAGACCACAUCUCAUUUACCAUGACAGGAGACUUCGGUAUGUGUCCUAUAGUAUGGGUUGGAGUAUUCUUGAGUAGCUGACCUACAGUGCCAUCCUUUCAUUAAGAAAAAAAAAUGGUCUCAUACGAUUUCACCAGUAGUUCUAGGUCCCUAUGUUUUUAUUUGUCUGUAGUUAACAUAUCUCAGGUUUGAACUCGUCAGCCCUGUCAGGACAAAGCAAUGAAUUAUAUUUUGAUUAGUGCCACUAGUAUUGAAGUAAAAGUCAGCCUGGUGAUUAGGCCAGAAACUGAGCUGAGAAUCUUCACAUCUCUACAAGAUGUUGCUUUUAUAAAUUAAAUCUUUCCUAGCCGGUGAUGAAGGACUGAACACUGAUUUCUGACACCAGCCCUAACAUAAAUAUCACACUACUUAAACUGCAAUAUGUCAUUGCCCUGCAUAUGUUUCAAAGCUGAGGCAUGCAAAGAGGGUUACACAUUGGAUUUCAUGUUCAAAUAAUACACAGAUAUCCAGUGGAUUAAAUUCUCUUUACAUGCAUUUAUUCCUUUUUUUAUUUUGCUUUUUUUUUUUAACUGAAAUUAAUCUGAAGUUUGAGUCUUUGCACAUAAAUGCUGCACUUAUAUGUGGGUUUAAGCCUCUAAAUAUAUUUAGACCUUUAGUCAAGGGCCCGACAGGAGCAGCUCUUAACGCCCUUAAAUGACUUCAUUCACUAUUUAUACUGCUCGGUGUCAUUGUGCUUGUUUGUUGUUCCAUAUCUGAUUUAGUUAUUCUGUUUUAACUCCCACCAUGUGGCUUGUAUUAUGCAUGGGUGGUUGUUUUAUCUCUGUAGUGAUUAGCAUUUUUACUUGUUAAGAGAGACAUAUAUAGUACAUGAAGGCAAGCAACUGUCAGUAUAAUCAGAGCAUGAGGGACUUUGAAACAGCACUUAUGGCUUUCUUUUAGAUAUAAGCGCAUUAUAGGCUCAGUGUGAAGUCUUGGUACAGCAAAUCUAAUUUUAGGUCUUGCAAACAUAGAAUUGUCAGAAAGUCACUUUAAAGUUUUGCCUUUAUCUCUUCGGGUUUGUGGUUAUGAGGUCUGUUAAGUAUCACAGCUGCAGUAAAAUGUAUGGUGGCCCAGUGAUGCCAAAAUGCAACAUCCAAUUUCUUUAUUGCAAAAUUGAAUUUGGGGUUGCAGGGACGGCGGGUGUGGGAGCCAUCCAAGCUGUUAUAGUGCAAAAGGCUGGUACACCCUGGACAGGUCAUAGCUCGCCAUAGGGCGAAUCCAAAGACAGACAAUCAUUCACGUUCAGAUUCACACCUGCAGACAAUUUAGAACCAGUUAACCUAAAAUGAACCAUCCAUCGAUUCUCUUCCACUUAUCCUUAACAGGGUCGCAGAGGUGCUGGACCUUAUCCCAGCCACCGUGGAGCGAAAGGCGGGGUACAAGCUAGACAAGUCACCAAGCUGAUGUAGGGCUAACACAGAGAGACAGACAACCUUUCGCACUUAUGGACAAUUUAGAGUUACCAGUUAACCUAACCCUACUAAGUGCAUGUCUUUGGACAGUGGGAGAGAGCCAGAGAACCUAGAGAGAAUCCAAGGAAAACUCCACUCAGAAGGGCCCCAGCCAGCUGGUGGGUUCAAACCCACAACUUUCUUGCUAUGAGGCGACAGUACUGACCACACCACUGGGCCACCCACAGAAGAAGAAAAAACACAUUUCAGGAAAUACAACAUAACAGAAAACACCACAAAACUACCCAAAAC